AUGAUAUAUAAAAUAUUUGGAACAAUAUCCAUUAUAUUUACUUAUGUUGUACCUUUCUUUUUUCUUGUCAUACUUAAUAUUCUUAUUGUCCAUCGUUUACAUACUCGUCAAAAUACAUCAAUAAACCGUGCAAUAGCCCAAACUAAUGAUGUAGUUAUUCAUGAUACAUCACCAGAAACAUCAUCAACACGUAAAAGCAUGCAAAAACAACAAAAUAUUGAUCGAAAUAUAACAUUUAUGUUAAUAACUGUUGCUAUUGUCUUUAUGGUUAUGAGAUUUCCGUGGCAGUAA